AUUAACCUCAGAAGUUCUCCUGCUUGGUUGAUCGAAGGUAAACGCGUCUCUGUUUUGACCAACUUUACAAAAAGAGCUCAGAAGUGAGAGUUUGGUCGCAGCUGAGGAAGAUGUACGAGCCUUUGGAAGACGACGUUGAGAUUACAUUCCCUGUGAAGUUUUUGGGCCGGGUGGAGGUGGUUCGUUCUGAUGGACUUCAGAUCCUGGAAGAGGCGGCUUACAGUCUGAAGACCCCAGAUAAGUACUCGUCUGAGAAGGUGACAAAGAACACUAAAGUCCUCAUCUUCCUGUCUCUGAAUGGGAUUGACAUCUUGGAGCAUAAAACCAGGUUCCUGCUGUACCAGUGUCCUCUGUCCACCGUCUCCUUCUGCGCCGUUCUGCCAUCUUCACCCAAAGUCUUCGGCUUCGUGGCCAAACAUCCUGCUUCAGACAUCUACCACUGCUACCUGUUCCAGAGCAAAUCCUUUGCCCACAUCCUGGUGUCCGCCAUCGGAGAUGUCUUCAGAGCGUCAAAAAAAGAGGAAAACCUCAGAGGAGGGCGGGAUCUGAUCGUGGAGGCCCUCAGGCACAAGAAUAAAAUACUUCAGAAGGAGAACGAUGAGCUGAAGAGGAAGCUUGCAGCCCAGCAGAAAUAAAAAGAUGGCUCAUGUGCAAUCAAUUUUUCACCUUCUUGUUUAAAGUUCUUCCCAGAAAACGCUUCAAAAACCUGCAAGAAAGGUGAAAAAAAUUUAGGUUUUUCCUAAAGCUCCGAAUCUUUUCCAUUUAUUUGAAUAAAUUUAAUGAAUGUCUUUUCUUGUUGCUGAAACAUUUUCCCAAAGUGUAAAGAUGAAUGUGCUGCUUUGACUACAUUCUGUUUUCUCUGUACCUUCAUUGUUUGGUGCUUUGGAAAAAAAAUCCUCUCACCAAUCUGGGAUAUAAAUACAACAAAAAUGUGAAGUAAAAUACUAUUUUGUCAGCA